AUGGCGGUAUCAGUCUCAGACUCGGAGCGAGAUGACUGGGGGGCCGAAGAUUAUAAGGCUGCAGCUAACGUAGAGUAUAAGAAGCAGAGCUAUCUCAAAGCCAUAGACAUGUACUCAACAGCAAUUGGCAUGGACAGUAGUAAUGUAGCAUAUUUUACUAAUAGGGCAGCAGCCUAUAUGAUGGUUAAGCAGUUUGAAAACGCUCUCAGCGAUUGCGAGGUGGCUAUGAGAUUGGACCCGUCGAGUGUGAAAGCGUACCAGAGAGCUGGUAAAGCAGCCCUAUCACUCGGAAAGGUUAAUUUGGCCCACGAUAACUUCAGCAAAGCCUUGAAACUGGACGCGAAGAAUCAGAACAUCUCGAAAGAUGUAUGUUUGUUUUAUUGUGAUAUUUCUUGUUACGUGUAA